AGUUUGUCAUGCCUAUUUAGGCUGGAAGUCCAACAGGGUUUUAUUAAUUGUUGGUUUUUCUGCUCUCCUUUGUUGGUGUAAGGAAUAGAGAGAUGGACGUCCAAUGUGAAGCAGCAGCUAUCCCCAUGGAUAAAGAUGGACAUGGAGAUGGAGAAGUUUAUAACGACAAUCCCAUUGAGGAAGUGAGGUUGACAGUUCCGAUCACCGAUGAUCCCUCGGAACCGGCCUUAACAGUCCGGACAUGGUUUCUAGGAUUAUUGUCUUGCUGCAUUCUCUCUUCUUUGAACCAGUUCUUCAGCUACCGACAAAACGUGCUCACUGUCACCUCUGUUUCCGCACAAAUUAUUUCUCUCCCCCUCGGAAAGCUCAUGGCUGCUGUUCUUCCUACAACAAAAAUCCGAUUCCCCUUUACAAACUUCUCAUUUUCCCUUAAUCCAGGCCCUUUCACCAUAAAAGAACAUGCCUUGAUCACCAUUUUUGCAAAUUGUGGAGCAAGUGGUGUUUAUGCCAUCUAUAUUGUUGCAACAGUGAAGGCUUUCUACCGCAGAAAGCUGCAUCCAAUCCCUGCCCUCUUGCUAGCCCAAACCACACAGUUACUCGGGUAUGGAUGGGCUGGAAUGUUCCGAAAAUACCUGGUCGAGUCUCCCUACAUGUGGUGGCCAGGACUCUUGGUUCAAGUUUCUUUGUUCAGGGCAUUACAUGAGAAAGAAAGUAGACCCAAAGGAGGACUUAGUAGGCUGCAAUUCUUCCUCAUAGUUUUCAUCUCAAGUUUUGCUUACUACAUCAUUCCGGGAUUUCUCUUCCCCUCAAUUUCUGCCCUCUCCUUUGUGUGCUGGAUCUGGAAGGACUCAUUGACUGCACAGAUGAUUGGCUCAGGCCUCCGUGGCUUCGGAAUAGGCUCCUUUGGCCUUGACUGGUCUACAGUGGCUUACAUGGGCAGUCCACUUCCUUAUCCUUUAAUUACCAUUGUGAAUAUCAUGGUUGGAUUUUUCCUAGUGUUUUACGUUCUUAUCCCAAUUUUAUACUCGAGAAAUGCAUAUGAAUCCCGACGUUUUCCUUUGUUAUCGUCCCACACCUUUGAUCUCCAAGGUAAUACUUACAACAUUAGCAGGAUCCUCAACAGCAAAACUUUUGAGUUCAAUCAGGCUGAGUAUGAUAAUUACAGCAAACUCUAUAUGAGUAUCACAUUUGCCAUUUUGGUUGGAACCAUAGUUGCUUCCUCAACCUGCUUUGGCACUGCUUGGUAUCUUCUGUCAAAUGUGGAAAAUAUGUGUAAUCCAUCUUUGCUACCUGAAGGAAGUCCUUGGACAUGCCCCAACGAUGACGUUUUCUACAAUGCUUCAAUUAUCUGGGGGGUUAUAGGACCUCUAAGAAUGUUCACAAAAUACGGUAUCUACCUAGAAUUGAAUUGGUUCUUCCUCAUUGGAGCACUCUCCCCUUUCCCAGUCUGGUGGCUCUCACGCAAAUACCCCGAAAAGAAGUGGAUAAAUCUCAUCCACAUGCCACUCAUCAUGGCUGGUGCCUCUGGCUUGCCAUCAGCCAAAGCCGUGCACUACAUGAUGUGGGCAUCUGUUGGGAUUUUCUUCAACUGGUACAUUUACAAUAAGUACAAGGGAUGGUGGGCUAGACAUACUUAUAUCUUAUCAGCUGCUCUGGAUGCUGGAGUUGCUUUCAUGGGUGUUACCCUUUAUUUUGCACUGCAGUCUUAUAAUAUCAAUGGUCCAGAUUGGUGGGGUUUGGAGGCUACCGACCAUUGUCCGUUGGCAUCCUGCCCCACUGCUCCUGGGAUUCGGGUUAAAGGCUGUCCUGUCCUUUGAGAUAUAAGUAUAUAAAUAUAUUUAAUUUCUCUAUUCUUCAUGUCGUUCAAAAUGCAUGCAUAUGCAUAUGUAAUAAAACUCUCUGUCCUUUUAGUUGUAACCUAAUGGGGUUGUGUUUCUUGAGUUAGCAAUUUGGAAAAUACUUACCCUAGAUGUUCUUUGAUUUAAGCCAGAAAUUUUCGCCAGGAAAAAGAAAAAAAGUCCAUCUACUGAAUAUAGAGAUUUUUUUUUU